GAGGGGGCUUUCCGGAGGUUCCCGAAGGACUUGAGGCUUGGCCGGCGCCGGCGCUCGCUGCGUGAGAGGGAGACGACAACGGCGGCGGGAGGCGAUGAAGAGCGGCCGGGCCCGGAGUUCCUGAGGGGGCCGCGGCGGGCCGGGCCGGGAGGAGUCGAAGCGCCCCACAGGCGUCAUGGCGGCCAAUAUGUACCGGGUGGGCGAUUAUGUCUACUUUGAGAAUUCCUCUAGUAACCCCUACCUCGUCCGCCGCAUUGAGGAGCUCAACAAGACGGCCAAUGGCAAUGUGGAGGCCAAAGUGGUCUGCCUGUUUCGACGGCGUGAUAUAUCCAGUAGCCUCAACAGCCUAGCCGACAGCAAUGCCCGAGAAUUUGAAGAAGAGUCCAAACAGCCUUCAGUGUCGGAACAGCAGCGGCACCAGCUAAAACACCGGGAACUCUUCCUUUCACGCCAGUUUGAGUCUCUGCCCGCUACCCACAUACGGGGGAAAUGCAGUGUUACGCUGCUCAACGAGACAGACAUCCUCAGCCAGUACCUGGAUAAAGAGGAUUGUUUUUUCUAUUCGCUGGUCUUCGACCCAGUUCAGAAGACUCUUCUAGCUGACCAGGGUGAAAUCCGGGUUGGCUGCAAGUAUCAGGCAGAGAUCCCAGAGCGGUUGGCAGAAGGAGAAUCAGACAAUCGAAACCAGCAGAAGAUGGAAAUGAAGGUGUGGGACCCUGACAACCCUCUUACUGACCGGCAGAUUGACCAGUUCCUUGUGGUGGCUCGGGCUGUUGGCACCUUCGCUCGCGCCCUUGACUGCAGCAGUUCCAUCCGGCAGCCCAGCCUUCACAUGAGCGCGGCUGCCGCCUCCCGUGACAUCACGCUGUUCCAUGCAAUGGAUACAUUGCAGCGAAAUGGCUAUGACCUGGCCAAGGCUAUGUCAACACUGGUGCCCCAAGGAGGUCCUGUGCUGUGCAGGGACGAGAUGGAGGAGUGGUCGGCUUCCGAAGCCAUGCUCUUUGAGGAGGCCCUGGAGAAAUAUGGCAAAGAUUUCAAUGACAUCCGGCAGGACUUUCUCCCGUGGAAGUCCCUUGCCAGCAUUGUGCAGUUCUACUACAUGUGGAAAACCACGGACCGAUACAUCCAGCAAAAAAGGUUGAAAGCAGCAGAAGCUGACAGCAAGCUGAAGCAGGUGUACAUCCCCACCUACACAAAACCCAAUCCAAACCAAAUCAUCUCUGUGGGCUCCAAGCCUGGCAUGAACGGGGCUGGCUUCCAGAAGGGGCUGACCUGCGAGAGCUGUCACACCACCCAGUCAGCACAGUGGUAUGCUUGGGGUCCCCCCAACAUGCAGUGCCGCCUGUGUGCCUCCUGUUGGAUCUACUGGAAGAAAUACGGGGGCCUGAAGACCCCGACACAGCUCGAGGGAGCAGCCCGCAGUGUCACGGAGCCACACUCCCGGGGCCACAUGUCUCGGCCAGAAGCCCAGAGCCUCUCUCCCUACACGACCAGCGCCAACCGGGCCAAGCUUCUAGCCAAGAACCGGCAGACCUUCCUGCUGCAGACCACCAAGCUGACCCGCAUUGCACGCCGCAUGUGCCGGGACAUCCUGCAGCCGCGCCGGGCUGCCCGUCGUCCAUACGCACCCAUCAACGCCAAUGCCAUCAAGGCAGAGUGCUCUAUCCGGCUUCCCAAGGCCGCAAAGACGCCCCUCAAAAUUCACCCUCUGGUGCGGCUUCCACUGGCUACCAUUGUCAAGGAGCUAGCUGCACAGGCUCCCCUGAAACCAAAAACCCCUCGAGGCACCAAGACGCCCAUCAACAGAAACCAGCUGACCCCAAACCGAGGCUUGGCUGGCAUCGUGGGCAAGCGGGCGUACGAGAGUGUGAGUGCCGCUGGGCUCUGGAAGGUGGCAGGGGGCGGGCUCCCCUUCUCAGCCAACGGGCGGCCCAUGACUUCCGGAAUGAGGUCGAGCACUCAGCCUGCCAUCAAGCGUCAGAAGCUGAACCCGGCCGACGCCCCCAACCCAGUCGUUUUUGUGGCUACCAAGGACACCAGGGCGCUCCGCAAGGCCCUGAGCCACUUGGAGAUGCGCCGUGCUGCCCGCCGGCCCAACCUGCCGCUCAAGGUGAAGUCGGUGCUGCCCCUCCGGCCUGUGGCGGCUCCUCUGGUACCCGUACCCCCAGCCCAUCCUGCCAGCACCAGCGAACCCAUCAUCCUGGAAGACUGAGUGCUGUCGCUUCUCUGGCGCCCCCUCUAGGAUCCUUGUAGCCAUCUCACCCGACACCAACACCCCUUUCCCGCCUCCAAGGCCUGUCUGGCAGAGAGAACUUCAGAGCUCCAGUUGCCAAGCGUUUGCUGGGAUUGGGCAGGCGGGAGGGGGGCAUCUCUUUCCUUUCCCCCCCCCGCAAAGUUGGAUACUGGACAUCCUUCAUUUCCCCCCUUUUUAUAUAUAUAUGUAUUUUUUAAUUUCCACGUUUCCCCUUCCUUUUUUUACCCUCCCCUAACAAUUCAGACUUGCGCACAAAGCUGGCCACUUCCCUCCCCUCCCCAUGGCAGCACUGUAAAUGCAAGUUGUGCCCUCUUCUGUGUGUGUGUGUUUGGGGGUCAGGGUGGAGAAGACUGUAGGGAUGGCAUGGACUUGGGGAAAUACAGAACCCCUUUCAGAGUGACUUCCAUUCCACCCCUGCAGCUGUUUUUCCUUCUUCUUUUUUUGUCUCUAUGUCUCCCCCCCCCCUUUUUUUUUAAAAAGUUGCCCUCUGGUCCCAAAUACCCAUGUAUCUGGGAAAAGAGGGGCAGCCCCAGCUGUCUGUAAACAUGGCUACCCUUGCCCCUCCCCUCAAGCCUUUGACAAGCCCAUUUUUUGUACAUGGUUUGGAGAGGAAAAAAAAGUCAGGUUUUUUUAAGUCAACCUCUUACUGGUUCUUAUAGCAACAAAAUAAAUAAAUGCUGUUUUCUUCACA